UCUAUAGUACUAAAUAGCAAAUUGGAUCAUAACAGUGGUUCCUUUUCGCGGAUAUAUAAGUGAAUGAGCGAUAAAAAAUAUUGCGUGUUUGUAUCAUCCUCGUUACCCAGGUUUUAUUUAUUUUUGCCAUUUUGUGUGUUAAUUUUCGUCUGUUGUAAGAAAUAUAUUGUGUGAGUAUUUUUUCCCGAUCAAUCUUGUAGAUUUUGUUACCCUUAGUUUUUGUUCAGAUCAUGACCACAUCCAAACUGUGCGGAAUUGAGGAUACCGAUGCGUGAAAUGUUCGUAGAUGUUUCAGACAACUAAAAAGCCAUUUUGCGCCUAUAAACAGAUAAAAUUGCGAAUGUACGUUUUUUAAUAUCUACGAUUCACGAUCCUCGACGGAAAUUGAAUAUUCGACAACGAAUAAGUCAGCGAUAACGACGAAAAAUUGAUCUUUUUUGUGGAAGAUGUGAAUAAGCCCAUCAUCAAAGCAGCAGAGCAACAAAACCAAGAAAUUUCGAAGAACUGCAUCGUCUCCACAUCAUUAGUUGCUGUUAAAAUAUCCAUAGAUAACUAAAUUAGACGAAACACAUACAAAAAUAAAGUCACUGUUGAAUACAAGGACACGAACCAAAACGGAUAAGUAGAGAAGGAAGAACUACUUACUCAAAAUGGACACCAGUUUAAUUAAAAUGAGAGCUGAAGAAAUUUGUGUAUUUUUGAAGAAACUUGUUGAGAAGGUUCAAAUAGAAUAUGAUAAAAGCACCGAAGUCAUAAAUUAUCGCAAAGAAAAAGAAAUGAGGGCACGCAAAUAUUUAGAACAGCAGGGAAGUUGCGGCACUAUCAAUUCAUAUGUCUCAAAACAGAGAGACCGGUGGUGUAAUAAAAUCUAUUCAGAAAAACUAAAACAUUAUGGCGAUGUUUUUGAGCAUCUGGAUAAAGUUAAUGAAAACUAUAGAAAAUUGAUUGAAUAUGUUCAGGAGAUUAAUUCAAAUAUAAGUGGACAUUUAAAACAACAACUUUGGGAACAGCGAAAUGUGGUUGCAGACAUUUGGACAGAAACGUCUAAUACAUUAGAUAAAUAUUUGGUAAAACUUCAAUCACGUGUUGACAUAAUUAAAUUCAUAAAUAAAAUUAUCAAGUAUAACAAAGUACCUACACGAAAGAUUAUAUUAGGUAUCAAUAAGACGAUAAAAUUAGUUACGGAAACAAUAUAUUCGAUAAAUAAUUAUGAAGCACACUCCAUAGAUUAG